AUGCCGUUCGUCCAAGCAAACGGCCACCGUCUCUACUAUGCCGACUCCCACCCCGCCGGCCCUCCGACCCCAACCGGCUUGACCUUCAUCUUCAUCCAUGGCCUGGGCUCCUCGCAAAAUUACUACUUCCCAGUAAUCCCGCACCUCACAAAACGCCACCGCUGCAUAACAAUUGACACAUCCGGUUCUGCCCGCUCCCCAUACACCAAUGACACAGUCACGAUCCCGGGGAUCGCAGACGAUGUCAUCGGCGUGUUGGAUACGCUGCAAGUCCACAAGGCUGUCGCAGUUGGCCAUUCAAUGGGCGGGCUCGCGGUGAUAGAGCUAGGUGUGCGGUAUUCCGAUCGCAUAGAGGGCGUUGUGGCUAUUGGACCAACGCACCCAUCGGAGACCUUGGUGACGGUCAUGAACAAGAGAUCGGAGACUGUUCUUGAGUCCGGAAUGGAGCCAAUGGCAAACACCAUCCCCUCUGGAGCUGUCGGCUCACGCAGUACCCCGCUUCAAAAGGCGUUUAUCCGGGAGUUGAUCCUGGGCCAGGAUCCUAAGGGAUACGCCGCAUUGUGUCGCGCUAUUGCGACUGCGAAGCCGGCGGAGUAUGCUGCUGUCAAGGCGCCUUUCCUGCUUAUUGCGGGCGAGGAGGACAAGUCGGCCUCUAUGGAGGGAUGUCAGCAUAUUUUUGAUCAUGUAUCGAGUAAGCAGAAGUCUCUCGAAGUAUUGAAGGGGGUUGGACAUUGGCACUGUAUUGAGGCUGCUGAUGAGGUGGGUGAGCUAAUUGCUAAGUUCGCGGAUGUAGUGAAAGCUUGA